GGAUGCUAAAUGUCAUUGUCAUUGACACAUAUUAAAAAGCCACUGUUGAGACUUCAGCGUUAUUCAGAGGACGUGUUGAUCAGAUGUUUGAUUGCUGUCUAAAGAUGAGGUUUACUUUACUAAGCAUCCUGCCUACUUUACUAGGCAUUCUAUUCCUACACUGGGCAAAAAGCCAAAGCCCCAAGUUCACUCAGAGCAGCUGGAAUCUUCUACCCAAUGUUGUUGUGGUGAAUGUAGACGGCUCACUGGUUCAGCAUCCUCUAACCUGCCUGGGUUCCUUCAACCGAGAGGAGGAGGGUUGGAGGAGAGACAAUGACUGGGUGUGGCGGAGAGAUGGAGAGGAGGAUGAGGAGAUCAUAUGGAUGAUGGAUGAAGAGGAGAAGAAGGGGAACAGCUUCCUUGUCAACCUGGAAGAGAGAACUGGAGGGGGGAUCUUUACAUGUCACAGCCUGGAUAAAACCCUCCUGAAGAAUACUACGGUGCUGGUCAAACACUUGGACGAAGAGAAACGCAUUCUAGAAGGAUCCACCAGAACAGGCUUUAUGAAAUGUUCAACACGGAACUACCAAGGAGAGUUCCACUGCUCCUGGAAAUUCACCCCUACACGUUUUGGGACUGUUAUGUUUGUCAAAGUGGCACGUGGCCUGUCUGAUGCGGAGAACAUCAGCUGUUCUGUGGACGCCAGUGGACAGCAGUGGACAUGUUCCUCUUUGUCUGGCCAGAGUGACAUCAUGUGUUCUGUGAACAGUAGUGGACUGGGGGUGUCCUGUGUGGACAGACAGUAUUGUCCCUAUGCUGAGGAGACUGACCGGAUCACCCUGACCAUCUACAUGAGGACUAACUACCUGCUGGAGGAAUACUCCAAAUGCUUCUACAUAUCAGAGAUAGUGAAGCCAGACAAUGUAUACAUUAAGGAGGUUAACAGCAGUACUAUAGAGUGGAGCUAUCCUGUCUCCUGGAACAGACCCAUCUCCUACUUCCCCCUCUCUUUCCAGGUCAAAGAGAUCGAAGGCAGAAAGUGCAAGAAUGGGUGCACGUGUGAUUCUCCCUACACAGAGGUUCACACCACAGAGAGCAGCCAGUGGUCAGUCAAGGCCAAGGUGACGGUGUGUGUCAGGGCCCAGGAUGCCCUAUGUGACUCCCCCUGGAGCGACUGGACAGAGUACAGACUCAGCAACAAGGGAAACAAGAGGGGGAGGCGGGAAAAGCAGAAGAAGAAGAAGAAGAAGAAGAAGAAGACGAAGAAGAAGAAGAAUGUGUCUCAAUAGUAUAUCUUUACCAUACUGAUGGCCAUCAAAUAUUAACCUAUUAAUUCACUCUAGUUUGUAGGCAUUCACACUCUAAAACAUCCACUAUGACAAAGGUGACUUAAUUGACACUCUAAAACAUCCAUUAUGACAAAGGUGACUUAAUUGACACUCUAAAACAUCCAUUAUGACAAAGGUGACUUCAUUUACACUCUAAAACAUCCAUUAUGACAAAGGUGACUUCAUUUACACUCUAAAACAUCCAUUAUGACAAAGGUGACUUCAUUUACACUCUAAAACAUCCAUUAUGACAAAGGUGACUUCAUUUACACUCUAAAACAUCCAUUAUGACAAAGGUGACUUAUUUGACACUCUAAAACAUCCAUUAUGACAAAGGUGACUUCAUUUACACUCUAAAACAUCCAUUAUGACAAAGGUGACUUCAUUUACACUCUAAAACAUCCAUUAUGACAAAGGUGACUUCAUUUACACUCUAAAACAUCCAUUAUGACAAAGGUGACUUCAUUUACACUCUAAAACAUCCAUUAUGACAAAGGUGACUUAUUUGACACUCUAAAACAUCCAUUAUGACAAAGGUGACUUCAUUUACACUCUAAAACAUCCAUUAUGACAAAGAUGACUUUGUUGCCAAGAUCAUUUACUGACACAAACUUCACUUUUACAAUCUUUAUACUUGUUAUGAAAUGUAUUUAGUGAUAUUUAUGAUUAUUUAUUUAUUAAUAUUGCUUUUUAUAUCAUAGAGUAUGACAUGACAUGCACUAACAUAAACUGAAAUUACAUUUUUGUGACUUUAAUACUAUAAAUCAAAAUAAACGUACAGACCUGCUCUUACAGUAGAUGUGUUAGAGUUCUUUCCACUAAUCUGUGCUCACAAUCUUUAAUGACUUUCAGGAUAAAAAAAUAACAACGUGAAAUCAAGCAUCAAUGAAAAGGCAGUAAUGUAGGACUAAUCUCAUUGUUAAAUGCAAUAUAAAUACCUACGCUAAUACACUUCCUUUGUCUCUGACAAACCACAACAGGAUGUCCAGGAAACUGGUUGGAAGGCUUAGACCAAUGGCGUGACACUUGAGGGUUCUCGAUCACGGUGACUGUUGCUUUUCUCUCUAUUUAUCCAACUUAGGGUUGUGUGAGGUUGCAG